UUAAACUGACUGAGAGGUCCUCUAUCCGCAGCUCCUUCGUCUUCCUCCCAAGCCUUUUACCUUUUCUUUCUUUCUUCUCCAAAACUAGCAAUCUGAGAUUUCAACCUCUCUCUCCAAGGAGCAGCGGCAUGCUUUUCCAAACGUAAUCUGCAAUUUAAUCAAACAGCCACCAAAUUUUCUGGAAUCCGGUCAAUGCAGAGAUUCUUCGGAUUUUGAUCGGUCAACGCCAGCUGCUUACCUGAGCUCUAACAGACACAACAGUGAUAACGUCCUCCACCUCUGUCUCUGUUUGGCUGAUUCUGCUGUUUCGCUUCUUUCACCUCCACAAGCUUGCUGCCAAUGUCGAAGAGCUUGGGGGUUUGUCAGACUUGGUGAGCUUGGAUCUUUACUUGGCAACCUUGCAAAACUGCGUUUCCUUGACUUUCUUCCUUAAAGUCCUUGUGCCGGAUGCAUAUAAUUUAUAGUAUGAUCCCUGGUUUCAAGAUUCACAAGAAGGGAACAUCCAAUCAUUGCAAGUCCUGUGAGUUUCAUACACUUUCAUCUCAGUGUAAGAGGGAGGAGAGAGAGAGACAGAAGUUACUAAUUUCUCCGCCAUCAGGUAUUGUUUGUUUUGCCAAUAAUCCUCGUCUGAAUCCACUUCCAGCCUCACCACAUCCAGGUUACUAUCGAAUUCCGUAUCCUAACCGAAUUGCGAACUCGAAUCGUAACAUGUAUCUGGAAACUAUGGGUGGCACUGGUACUGGGGCUAUUUUUGGAGGGGUUGCCGUUGGUGUUGCUUUGCUGUUUGGUGCACUUGCAAUUGCAUUUGCUUAUUGUCGACGAAGAAAACCACAGGAUCAUUUCUUUAAUGAACCUGCUGAGGAGGAUCCAGAAGUUCAUUUACGACAGCUCAAAAGGUUUUCUUUACGCGAGCUACAAGUUGCGACGGAUACCUUUAGCGACAAAAAUAUUCUUGGUAGAGGUGGAUUUGGUAAGGUUUAUAAAGGAUGCUUAGCUGAUGGAACUCUGGUUGCUGUAAAAAGACUAAAAGAGAAGAGAACCCAAGGCGGGGAGCUACAGUUCCAAACGGAAGUUAAAAUGAUUAGCAUGGCUGUCCACCGCAAUCUGCUUCGUCUGCAUGGUUUUUGCAUGACACCAACAGAAAGGCUGCUUGUAUAUCCUUAUAUGGCUAAUGGAAGUGUGGCAUCACGUUUAAUAGAUCGUCCAGAAGGACAACCUGCACUUAAUUGGCCAGUAAGACAACGCAUUGCAUUGGGAUCUGCAAGAGGCCUUGCUUAUUUACAUGACCACUGUGAUCCAAAAAUUAUUCACCGUGAUGUGAAAGCUGCAAACAUAUUGUUGGAUGAGGAAUUCGAAGCAGUUGUUGGAGACUUUGGGUUGGCUAAACUCAUGAACUACAAGGAUACACAUAUUACCACAGCUGUACGUGGCACAAUUGGUCAUAUAGCACCAGAGUACUUUUCAAAUGGAAGGUUUUCCGAGAAAACUGAUGUUUUUGGAUACGGAGUCAUGCUUCUUGAACUCAUCACUGGUCAGAGGGCUUUUGAUCCUCAGCCUGAGAGUGAUGAUGACGUCACGUUACUUGAUUGGGUCAAAGGACUAAUGAAAGAUCAGAGGGUGGAAAUACUUGUUGAUGCUGAUCUAAAUGGAAAUUAUAUUGACGAUCAAGUGGAGCAGCUGACCCAAGUAGCUCUACUAUGCACACAAGACUCCCCAGGGGAACGGCCCAAGAUGUCAGAGGUUGUCCAGAUGCUGGAAGGCGAUGGUUUGGCUGAAAGAUGGGAAGAGUGGCAGAACGAGAUGUUCCGCCAAGAUUUCAACCCUAUUCAUCACCAAAGUACUAAUUGGAUCAUAGUAGACUCAACUUCUCAUAUUCCUCCGGAUGAGUUGUCCGGUCCCAGAUGAUAUGCACGUUGGUUCCGUCCCCUGUAUACAUGUAAGAAGCCUUCAGAGGACUGGAGAAGGUCCAUUUUGUAUUUCAGUGAUACCACAUUUGCAUAUGUUGUCUUUGUUUUCGAUUUUGUUUUUGUCUCAUGUAUUUUUUAGAUGACAAAAUUGGAGUUGGUGCUGUUGUAAUUUUUAUAGAGUUAACUGGCAUUACGAAGUUAUAUGGUGCUAGCAGGAAUUAGGAAGGGCCAUAAAAGUACCCGUUCCUGAUGAUUUAUGUAUCUAUCCAGAAAUUAGUCCAGAUUGCCGAGUAAAUAAUCAUUCUGAA